AUGCAUUCUUCCAUCUUCUUUACCGUCUUCGCCGGCAUCGUCGGUAUCACUACGGCAUCUCCUACCGAGUCAAACACUGAUCCUACCGUCUGCGCUCCGGGUACCGGUUUCUUCCAAUCCUGCAGCAAUGGCUUCAGGGGCUGCUGCACAGCCGACGCUUGCACCAUUGGGUACUGCCCCGAUGUGACCGUCACCUCAUCCAAGACUGCUAUUGUUACGGCGACCCCCGUUCCCGAACACAAGGCUCACUGGCAGCCCGAGACCGUCUCCGAUCCGACUGUUUGCAAGCCUGGCACUGGCUUCUUUCAGUCUUGCUCAAACGGCUUCAGAGGCUGUUGUAAGGAGGACGCCUGCACUUUGGGCUACUGCCCCCCUGCCUCUGAAAAGCGCGAUGAGACUGUCUGCUUUCCCAACACCGGCUUCUUCCAAUCCUGUGCCAACGGCUUCCGGGGCUGCUGCAAGGGCGACGCUUGCACUCUUGGUUACUGCCCCGAUGUCCCUGCCACCGUUGUCAAGCGUGACGAUCCGACUGUAUGCGCUCCCGGCACUGGUUUCUUCCAGUCUUGCUCGAAUGGCUUCCGUGGAUGCUGCAAGUCUGAUGCCUGCACUCUUGGAUACUGCCCUUCCACCACUGAGAAACGCCAGGACCCAACCGUCUGCGCUCCAGGCACUGGUUUCUUCCAAUCCUGCUCCAACGGUUUCCGCGGUUGCUGCAAGGCCGACGCUUGCACUCUGGGAUACUGCCCAUCUACCACCGAGAAGCGUCAGGACCCAACUGUUUGUGCUCCCGGCACUGGCUUCUUCCAGUCCUGCUCCAACGGUUUCCGUGGGUGUUGCAAGGCUGAUGCUUGCACCAUUGGCUACUGCCCUGACCUGAAGUUCCGCGAGCCUACCGUAAAGCGCGACGAGACCGUCUGCGCCCCUGGCACUGGCUUCUUUCAGUCUUGCAGCAACGGCUUCCGCGGAUGCUGCAAGCAGGAUGCGUGCACCAUUGGCUACUGCCCGGAUGUCAAGAGCUUCGAGACCGUUACGAUUGCUCCCAAGACUUCGCCUACUCCUACGCCUGAAGCUAACCACGAGUGGCACGCUGAGCCCAAGAACACCGACCCGACUGUGUGUGCCCCUGGAACUGGCUUCUUCCAAUCUUGCAGCAAUGGCUUCCGUGGUUGCUGCAAGGCCGACGCCUGCACCAUUGGUUACUGCCCCUCCAACUAA